GGAUGGAUGGAUUGGUUGGUUAUUCAAUUCAGCAACAGUGAAUAGUCGUCGUACAAGUUGAAUUUCAGGCCUCCCCAUUUUUGUGUAUAAAAGCACACAUACUCGAUGCUAUGGGGGAUGAAAUAUUAUAUAUUAUAUAUUUACUCCAUCAUAGAUCGAUAUAAUUACUAUAUAGGAACGUCUACUCAAUUGCUCGUAAUUAAACUUGAGUUGAAAUGGCGAGGAGAGUAAUGAAGGCAUGGACUUACAGCAAGUAUGGCGGCGCAGAGGUGUUGAAGCUUGACAGUGAAGUGGCGGUGCCUCAGCUGAAGGAAGGGGAAGUGUUGAUUAAGGUGGCUGCCGCAGCUCUUAACCCCGUUGAUUACAAGAGAAGGCUAGGGUUUCUCAGGGGCUUUGAUGCACCUCUCCCUGUAACCCCGGGGUUCGAUGUUGCUGGAGUGGUGGUUGAAGUUGGGAGUGGGGUGAAGGAGCUAAAAGUGGGAGAUCAAGUGUAUGGAGACACCACUGAGAAUUUUGGUCGGGAACCAAAACAGUUGGGCACCAUAGCCGAAUACACCGUUUCCCACCAGAACCUAUUGGCCGUCAAGCCCAAGAAUCUCAAUUUCGCGGAGGCUGCUGCUCUCCCUGUUGCGAUUGAAACUGCCUGCGAGGGACUCGAAAGGGCUGGUUUUUCUCAGGGGAAAUCCAUACUUGUCCUCGGCGGGUCUGGCAGUGUUGGAUCGCAGGUCAUUCAGCUUGCCAAACAUGUCUACGGCGCGUCAAGGGUUGUUGCGACUUCAAGCACUGCCAAGCUGGGAUUGGUGAAAAGCUUGGGUGCGGAUUUGGUCAUUGACUACACCAAGAGCAGAGUUGAGGAAGACCUGCAGCAGCUUGAUCACAAAUUUGAUGUAGUUUAUGAUGCAGUCGGGCAACCAGAUAUAGCCGUAAAGGCAGUGAAGGAAGGUGGCAGAGUGGUAGACAUAGUUGGUUCAGCCAGACGCAUCAAAAUGCCGCGCAACACGCCUCCUCCCAUUAUAUUUCCCCUCACCUCCAGUGGGGAUUUCUUGAAGAAGCUUAACCCCUAUCUGGAGAAUGGCAAGGUCAAACCAGUGCUCGAUCCCAACGGGCCCUUCCCUUUCCACCAACUUAAGGAAGCCUUUUUGCAUCUUGAAACCAAUCGCCCCGCCGGGAAAGUUGUCAUAUAUCCAAUUCCAUGAUACUAUAAUUUAUAUAUCAUCACAAUCAUGUCACACUCGCACACACCACAUCAUUAACAUCUAUCUAUCUAUAAGGCAAUGUUUGGUCGUUU